AAACAAAUCCGAUCCGCACUGCUGAGCGCAUCCGAGUCAAAACCAACCGUCCCUAUCUUUCUUCUGACUUUCCUCCCCCCUCUUGCUCCUGUGUGAUGUCCUCGUCCUCUUUCUGCGUCUCUCAAAAUCUCGCGAUUCAGCGCGGACCGGAGGGAGAGAGAGAGGAAUAAAAUGAGGAAAUCUUCCAUGCAGAGUUCUAGUUGCUUGCUCUUGGUGGUUCUCUGAACCUCUGUCUGGAUUCCGCUUGAAGUGCAGGCAUUUCCUCUUCUUGUUGGGUUUCUGGAAGUCACAGUUGCCGUGCUUCUCGUCGGAGCUGUGGGUGCCUGUUCCUUCUUGAUGCUUGGAUGCAUGCAGUGUAGCGAGGUGGUGUGAGUUUCGGCAAGAAGUCCUUCCCUGUCCUCGCGGGCGUUCAUGCCCUGCGGGAAAGGGGCCUCCUUUCCGGAUCCCGCCGCCGUUUCUCGCCGGAGAUGGGGUCCUUCCGCUGGCUGUCCCACUUCUUGCUCGUCGCCGUUCUGCUCCACGUCCAUGGCGGCCUGUCCCUCAACCAGACGUGCCAACCCACCGACCUGCAGGCGCUCCUUGACUUCUCCAAUGGCCUGGACAGCAAGGCCGCCGGGCUCGUCGGGUGGGGUCCCGGCGACGCCGCCUGCUGUUCCUGGACCGGCGUCGCCUGCGAUCUUGGUAGGGUGGUCGGCCUGGAUCUCUCCAACAAGAGCCUCCGCGGCGACAUCUCCUCCUCGGUCGCCUCCCUCGACGGCCUCGUCACGCUGAACCUCUCCCGGAACUCGCUCCGCGGCGCGCCGCCGGCGGUGCUCGGCCGGCUGGCGAGGCUGCGGGUGCUCGACCUCAGCGCGAACGGGCUCUCCGGCCCGUUCCCGGCGAGCGACAGCGGCUUCCCGGCGAUCGAGGUGGUCAACAUCUCCUUCAACAGCUUCGACGGGCCGCACCCUGCGUUCCCCGCCGCGGCGAACCUGACGAGUCUUGAUAUCUCCGGCAACAACUUCUCCGGCGGCAUCAACUCGUCCGCUCUCUGUCCUGGGCCGGUCGAGGUCCUGCGGUUCUCGGGGAAUGGCUUCUUCGGCGAGAUCCCCAGCGGCCUGAGCCGAUGCAAGGCGCUUGCGGAGCUCUCUCUCGACGGCAAUGACUUAUCUGGGAACAUCCCCGGCGACCUGUACACGUUGCCCAGGUUGACGAGGCUGAGCUUACAGGAAAAUCAGCUCACUGGCAACCUCGGCAAUGACCUUGGUAACCUCUCCCAGCUCGUGCAGCUUGACUUGUCGUAUAACAGGUUCUCUGGCUCCAUCCCUGAUGUGUUUGGAGGGAUGAGGAGGCUGGAGUGCCUGAACUUGGCCUCCAAUAGGUUCGAUGGUGAAUUGCCUGCUUCCUUGUCAAGUUGUCAAAUGCUGAGGGUAAUCAGCCUAAGGAACAACUCGCUGUCUGGUGAGAUUGCUAUCAACUUCAAAUUGCUGCAGAAACUGAACACUUUUGAUACUGGAACCAACAAUCUGAGUGGCACUAUACCUUCUGGCAUCGCCUUGUGCGCUGAGUUGAGGACGCUGAACCUUGCAAGGAACAAGCUUGUGGGAGAGAUACCAGAGAACUUCAAGGAUUUGAGAUCUCUGUCGUACCUCUCCCUGACAGGAAAUGACUUCAUGAACCUGUCAUCAUCAUUGCAAGUCUUGCAACACCUGCCCAACCUGACAAGUUUGGUGCUCACCAGGAAUUUCCGUGGUGGUGAGACAAUGCCAGUGGAUGGAAUCAAUGGGUUCAAGAGCAUGCAGGUGCUUGUCCUGGCAAACUGUUUACUCACAGGCAUAAUUCCGCCAUGGCUGCAGGGCUUAGAAAGUCUCAAUGUGCUGGACAUUUCAUGGAACAAGUUAAACGGGAACAUCCCCCCAUGGCUAGGGAAGCUGAACAAUCUCUUCUACGUUGACCUGUCAAACAAUUCAUUCACUGGGGAGCUUCCUAUGACCUUCACACAGAUGAGGAGUUUGAUUUCAAGUAAUGGCUCGAGUGAGCAGUCACCAACAGAGGACCUACCAUUGUUCAUCAAGAAGAAUUCAACUGGCAAAGGUUUGCAGUACAACCAAGUCAGCUGCUUUCCACCUUCUCUUAUACUCUCAAACAACUUGCUUGUUGGUUCAAUCUGGUCAAGCUUUGGUCGUCUUGUGAAGCUUCAUGUGCUGGAUUUGAGUUGGAACAACUUCUCAGGACCAAUUCCUGAUGAGUUGUCAAAUAUGUCAAGCUUGGAAAUGCUGAAUUUGGGCCACAACAAUCUCAAUGGGACAAUACCCUCAUCUCUAACGAAGCUGAAUUUCCUCUCCAAGUUUGAUGUAUCAUACAACAAUUUGACUGGAGAUAUCCCUACUGGUGGGCAAUUCUCCACAUUCACAAAUGAAGAUUUUGAAGGUAACUCUGCACUCUGCCUUCUUCGGAAUUCUUCAUGCUCAAAGAAGGCUCCAUCUGUUGAAGCUGCACACAGUAAGAAGAGCAAAGGUGCACUUGCCGCUCUUGGACUGGGAACUGCAGUUGGGGUAGUCUCCUUCUUGUUCUGUGCUUAUGUGAUUGUGUCAAGGAUUGUUCAUUCAAGAAUGCAGGAGCGUAAUCCAAAGGCUGUAGCAAAUGCUGAAGACUCAGAGUCUUCUAACUCAUGCCUUGUGCUGCUUUUCCAAAACAACAAAGAAAUCAGCAUUGAGGACAUCUUGAAGUCCACCAAUAACUUUGAUCAAGCCUAUAUAGUUGGAUGCGGUGGUUUUGGCCUUGUCUACAAAUCAAUACUACCAGAUGGGAGGAGAGUUGCAAUCAAAAGGCUUUCAGGUGACUACUCUCAGAUCGAGCGGGAAUUCCAAGCCGAGGUGGAGACACUGUCACGGGCUCAACAUGACAACCUUGUCUUGCUGCAAGGUUAUUGCAAGGUCGGCAAUGACAGGCUAUUGAUCUACUCAUAUAUGGAGAAUGGCAGCUUGGACUACUGGCUUCACGAGAGGGCUGAUAGUGGGAUGCUGCUGGAUUGGCGGAAGAGGCUACGGAUUGCACAGGGUUCAGCAAGGGGGCUGGCAUACUUGCAUAUGUCUUGUGAUCCCCACAUAUUGCACCGAGAUAUCAAAUCAAGCAAUAUCCUUCUGGAUGAGAAUUUUGAGGCCCAUCUGGCCGAUUUUGGUUUAGCAAGACUCAUCUGCGCAUAUGAGACACAUGUCACCACAGAUGUAGUUGGAACCUUGGGCUACAUUCCUCCUGAAUAUGGGCAGUCACCUGUAGCAACUUACAAGGGCGACAUAUACAGCUUUGGUAUUGUUCUGCUUGAGCUACUCACUGGUCGGAGGCCUGUGGACAUGUGCAGGCCAAAAGGGACCAGGGAUGUAGUGUCAUGGGUGCUUCAGAUGAAAGAGGAGGGCAGGGAAACAGAAGUUUUCCAUCCAAGCAUACACCACAAGGAGAAUGAAAGCCAGUUGAUGAGAGUACUCGAGAUAGCAUGCCUUUGUGUGACUGCUGCUCCCAAGUCAAGACCAACAUCGCAGCAGCUAGUCGCAUGGCUUGACGACAUCGCAGAAGACUCAGGUUUAGAGCAACACGAAGUUUCCGGUGGUUUCAAUUUGCUUGCUUGAGAGGAUCAGCCUUAUAGUUUCUUAAGAAUUGUUAGUUGUGUACAUAAUAUUUACAUAGAGUGAUAUGCCGAGAGUUCUCUUGUGUUGCUCUCCUCUCAAGUAAUGAUAUGAGCAUCUUUUUUACUCCCUUCAUAAGGUGGUUGCAAGAUCACCAGAGUGUAAAAAUGCUUAGUAGCUUUAAACCAUGAGUUCAAUAAUCUAGUGGCUAUAUGAGCAGCUUUUUUGUCUUUUCAA